AGCACGUGAUUUGUUGUAUUAACAUUAAAUCAUCAUUGCAGGAUGAAAUCAUCAGACAAGUGCUUGUGAUUUUGAUCAUCAAUUUCGCCGGCUUAAAUUUCGGUAUUCAUGGUACACGCCCACUGCCGAAUACGAAGAUGGGUGAAUACGGAGAGGGACCCAAUAAUCCACCGAAUAACAGCAUGAAAGACAUCGGUGACGUAACGCCCACUGCGCUGGCUGAAAAUAUCGAAGCAACCGAAGAGUAUGCUGCUUUAGAGCAGACGCUGGACCAACUGGAUUCUUGCCUGGACGAUCUGGAGCAGAAGAACGACUCGCUGAACAGCAAGCUGAAGGAGCUGCUGGACUCCACGCUGCAGAUCCACCAAGAAAUGACCCAGCAGAGACUGAAGGCAAACAGCAAAGAUGCAGACAAAGACAAGAGCACAUAGCACUGAUGCUAAACGGCAGCCUGAUUUGCAGGAAAUUCCUCACCCACGUUCAGCAUGCCAACACAGUGGUCUUGUUGUCUUCGUUAAGUUCUCUUGUUGAUGGGAAAGUCAUAUACAGAAUGAAAGUAUUGUGUUUGUGUGUGUGUGUGU